CUCGGCGUAUAACAGCGAGGCUUGAAGGACGCUCCAAAUUAAUUCCAGCAGGCUCCGGACUCCCCGGGAUAACUCUAAAUUGCAUAUAUCGGAUGAAGAUCACUUUGGCGCUAUUGUACCUUGCAGGCACUUGCUUCCAAAAAGAAGCGGGCACGCUGCUUUCGGAGGAUUUUAAAAAGGUCUACGUUUUCUCUUCUGGGGCUCAUUCCUCCCGUUCCCUUUCGUUCUCUGACUUCGCUCGGCGCAUUCAGCCAUUUGAAAGGACACCUUUAUUUCCAAGCAUCUCGAAACAUAUAGGCAAAUGGAGCAAACCUAUGGAGAGGUGAACCAACUAGGCGGUGUGUUCGUCAACGGCCGACCCCUACCUAACGCCAUACGGUUAAGAAUUGUAGAGCUGGCUCAGCUCGGGAUUAGACCCUGUGAUAUAAGCAGGCAACUCCGAGUUUCCCACGGCUGCGUGAGCAAGAUUUUAGCGAGGUACAACGAGACUGGCUCCAUACUACCCGGUGCCAUCGGUGGAAGCAAACCCCGGGUCACGACGCCGAACGUGGUGAAAAACAUCAGGGAAUACAAACAAAAUGACCCCGGGAUCUUUGCCUGGGAGAUCCGGGACAGGCUUUUGGCUGAUGGUGUUUGUGACAAGUACAAUGUCCCGUCGGUUAGCUCGAUCAGCAGGAUUUUACGUAACAAGAUUGGAAAUCUCUCCCAGCCUAACCAGUAUGAAAGCACCAAGCAAGCCUCCGCGCAGGCCGGCCUCCCCUACAACCACAUAUACCCUUAUUCCUACCCCAACACUAUGUCACCCACUAGCACUAAAAUGGGCAGCCCUCCUGGAGUACCAGUGACGGCUGGACAUGUGAGCAUUUCCAGGGCCUGGCCUUCUGCACACACCGUCAGUAACAUCCUCGGAAUACGAGCCUUCAUGGAUCCUACAGCAAUUGCUGGGACAGAGGGAUACCCACCAAAAAUGGAGGAGUGGGGUAGUGUCAACAGAGCAGCUUUCCCAGCCGCGCACACAGUCAACGGGAUUGACAAGUCAGCCAUUGACGCCGACAUAAAAUAUCCUCAGCCUUCCUCGACAUUGUCUAGUUAUGUACCGGCGUGUGCUUACUCCCCAACCAAUCAGUACGGGGUGUACAGUGGGCCAGCAGGCGGAUACGUGGCCCCGGGCCACCACCACUGGCAGACGCAAAGCCCGGCUCUGUCUCACCCAAGCAGCGGGAUGAGCAUGCACGCAGGAGAAAUCCACUCCCCGAUGACCUUUAAACACCAGGCCCGAGAAGGAGACAGAAAACCACCCAGUCCCCUGAGCAAGCCGCAGCAGCAGCAGCAACAUGAAGACUUGAACAGUGUGCAUGGACUCAGUCUCCCUACCUCAUCAUCAUAACCGGGAAUUAUAACACCUUAGUCACCACAACCAUUUAAAUGAACUCAUUUCAACAACUGCGACAGUAAGUCUGAACACUAACGGCUUGUUUGCAGCUGACGGUCAAACACGGGCCAGAUCACGUGCAUUAUGAGUGCAGUAUAGCUUUACCGGUCUCUGCGGCCAUAUGAAUGUAAGCUUGCAUGGAUGUAUCGGUGUUUCCCCGCACUGGCUGAUAGUUUUCUUUGUUUUUCCAUUUGAAACCCUUCAUGUUGCUGGACAGUAUAUUCUCCAAAUCAGAUUGCAGGAUUAAAAAAAUAAAUAAUCAAAAAACAUUGUGUAAGUCUCCUCUGCCAUCGAUGUUUUAUUCCUAAAACCAGAGCUAGUCUGUAAUCCGCCAUUUUUUAUCAUUAUCUUAUCUUGAAUUUGUGGCCAUGACUCUACAGUGACUCAACGAUGUGAACAAAUUAUAUAAAUUGUCUAAAUGUAAAAUAUUUGCCAAAGCUUUAAUUAUAUAUUUUUAUAAUUUCAUUGUAAAUAUUCAAAAAUAAAGCCUUUUUCUUAAAUGCCACAUGUUGUUGCCCUGAUAUCAUUUCACUUUUGAUCAAAGAGAGGACACCAGCUGGUUCAGGCCUAAUUUAUGGGACUAGGUGAUGAGUUUAUGAUUUGGAAAUCAGAUGAAGAAGCGGAAGUAAAGUUUUCUUUUAAUUCAGCCCGUGACAGUGCCAUGGUCGGCUCACCCCAGUUCGUGCCAGUUUUUUGAUCAUUAUGCUUUUGAUUACCAGAAAUUUAACGUACCAUUACGACCCUGAAAUCUAACUUUGGCUAUAUUGGUGAUAACACAGGCCUUUAAGAUAUUGCCAGAUAUUACUGUUGUCCGUUUUCCAGGCGGCGGUGAAAUAAAAGGCUGUGAAAUCGUCGUUUGGCCUUUUGUGAGGCUUUUAAUGACCUGUAACCUGUUUGAAUCGAUGACAAAGAGAUUAAGUUUGAGCCUGCCUUUUAUGAGAAAAUUUUUUGAUUGGAAUUAUACUCUUUAUAUUGGUAGAAUGAUUAGUACUACUACUUACCGGGAAAGGUAAUUACUGUGUUUACACAGGCAUAACCUGCCUACACUUCCAAAGAGCUCUCAACUGGCUGGGCGCCUCGGCUGAUGCUAUCGGGCCUGUAAUUGAUACCGUGAUAAAAAUCUGAGGGCUGAUCAUACACGUUAAUGAACGGUGUGUGCAGGAGAGCAGCUGACAGUCCAAUCCACCCACAUGCCGCCUGUGGGAUCUGUUGUCCCGCAUAGAAAUUACGAGAAUUUUCCCAUACAGGCCUAUAGGCUCUGCCCGCUCUCUCUGUGUAAACUGUUUAUUCCUGUGACCUGUUUGGCUGUACUGUACCAGCCCUAACGAAAAGACUUCUCACAGCUUAAUAGACUUCACUGUGCGCCACUGAAGGUUUUUGUGACCACGUUUGUCAUGUAUGAGUUCACUUAUAUGCUUGGCCUCUAUGUGUGGGGGGUCAAUCGACCCUAUUUAUGGUGCGUUUCAACAAAUCCAGCCCACUGCUAUGUGAGGCAGGGUCUUACAGGUUAUCAUGGUACUUAUCGUUGUGUAUGAAUGCACUAGUUUGUCUCAAUGCAAAACGUCUAACUGUACUUUGGGUCAGAAAUAAAUAUUUUCGUUAA